GUGAGGACUUAUGGGAAUGUUCUUAUCUGACAAGGCAGCGACGGCCAUGCCAAGAAUGGCCUUUCUUUCGUAGGCCUUUUGCAUCCGAUCCGUCCAAUGAGUUUUCCAUGUGUUCUUGGCAUGAACGAAGUUGGAUGGGAAGAUGGAGCGUACCACAGCAAUGGUAUGACUCCAAAACUUGUAGGACGCACCAGUAAUGGUGGAUCGAAGACGAACAACAGUGGCUUCGAAAUUGAUGUAGGUGGCAAAUCGAACGGGGAAGUGGCAAGUUACCUUUUCCAGCGUCAGGGAGUCGCUACAAGCUUUUCAAAAACAGUUUCAGAAAACGACAAAGGCAAUUUUUCUGGCCAGCGAUGGUCAUCUGUUGGUGAAGGAAUGUCAGAACAGACAAAUUCCAAGGAUGGGGAACUGGAUGAUAAGUUCCAGAGUUUGUCUUUGAACAACAAUGAAAAGAAAGCUGACACACCAAUAGAGGAGAUUGCUUCUACUGCAAAAAAACUAUGGGAUGUGCAAGACUCUGGUGAGGAAAAUCAAGGGGGGAUGACAACUGGCAUUUUUUUUGGUGAACAGUGGAGAGAGACAGCCUGGGGGCCAUCUGUUCCUCAUAUAGCACAGUCAGAGCAUGCUGUAUCUCAGCCAAUUAUGGUGCAACGUCCAGCCAAAGGAGGAAAUUUCAACAACCCUUCAGAAUCACAGAGUGUUUUGUCACCCAGAUCAGCUGACGGGGUUGGGCUAAGCAUGGUUGAGUACGUCUUGGCAUCAUCACCUGGAGGUCAAGAAUUAGAUGCUCAAAUAAUCAAGGCUGGAUUUGGAACAUCUCCAUCAUCUGAUGUUUUGUCUGAUAAAGGAGCCAAAUCAAAUGGAGAGAGCAAAGGAAGCAAAGGUGGAUCUCCCUUUGAGGAGGGAGCUGGAGAUGAAGUUAAGCAUGCCCUCCAAGAGGAGCAAAGUCAUGACUCUCCAACACCAACCACAAAGCAAAGUGCAGAGGAUGACAAGACAUCUGUCUCUUUCAGCCGAACUCCUGGCAGUAGACAACCGUCUCCUACUUCAGGCUCUCAACAUCAAGAUGUUCAACAAACCACCCAAACACAGCUGCCUACACAGCAACCAGUGGGUCAGAACAAGACUAAAACCUUCAAACAGUCUGAUGCCAUUGAAGAUAUUGUCGCGCCUGUGGCAUUGAUAGAUCCUCUUGAAAGUGUUCAACUGGAGCAGCUUUCAUUUGCACCCCAGAGAGAGCCUGUGGUUGGUACUCCUACUAGCCCAUCAGAUUUUGUGAUGGUCCCUGGAGCAUCUUUACAAAGCCACAAUGCUACCUCUCAGCAUGGGCAGUCACUUCACUUGACACACCAACAUCAGUUGGCAUUGGCAAUGGCUGCUCAACAACAGCAGCAACAACAACAACAACAGCAACAGCAACAGCUUGGAUUGCAAUCUGGCUUACAAUCCAGUGGUAUUGGCCAUCCAAACCCAUAUUACAUCACAGCCCCACCAUCACAAGAUCCAUAUGGUAAUCCUUCGCUUGCUGCAGUCAGUGGUGGUGCCCAUCAGGUAGUCCAUCCCCAAUAUGCAGCCUAUAGUGUUCAGCCAUGGGGUGUGUAUUCUGCAGCUGGAGCAUCGGGUACAGGAGGAUACCUCCAACAGCAACAGCAACAACAACAACAACAACAGCAUGCUCAGCUGCUUCGCUCCAACUCGGGUGGGAUGACUGGAAGGCCUAUGCAGGGACAGGUGGAAAUUAUUGGGACUCCACCAUCACACCAGCAGCAGGCUAUGGCUGCUGCAUCUUCGGGAACUAACUAUCAGCUAGUAGCUCCACCUGGGGCAGCCCCAUUAGGACUAGGAGCUACUGCUUACUAUGAUCAGUCAGGAAACUUGGUGCUAGGGAAUACACAAAAUGUCAACAAUAUGGCAACAGCACAAAUGGCAGCUAGUCAGAUGGGAGCCCUCAGAAUGGUGUCACCAGUAGUGGUGAAUGCUCAGAAUGCAGGUGCCAACUCUGUCACAGGAGGGCGACUUGGAAAUGCCAGCUCAAUGGGUGGGGCAUCAACUCUAGGGCUGUUUGGACAACAGCAGCAACAGCCACAGUUAAACAGCAGUGCUCUGGGUAUGCUUGGUGGUGUUGUAGGAGGCUCUUCUGGAGUUGGAGCUGUAGGUACCAUUCCAAGUGGAGGAACUAGAAGAGAUUCUAUGAAUGCUUCUGAAUACAGCAAACGAGCAGGAAUCACCCAGUACUAUACAACACCAGGUGGGGUAAGCAACCUUACAAGUUUGUCCAUCUCAGCACAACCAUCCUACAAUGCUCCCCAGGAGCUGCCAACACCUCCACUACUUUCACAAGGACAGUCAGGGUUUGGUGGUCAGUCAGCAUAUGGUGGACAGUCAGGCUUCACUGUAGGGAGCCCCAUCUCUAAUGGGCUCUCUCGUUACAUGCAACUUGCAGCUGCCCCCAGAGAGUCUCCUACAAAAUAUCAGGGGUCACUUGGUGGCCUUGGUGGAAUGCAGUAUGGCAGCUCAGCUUUAAGUGCUGGCAACUUUAGGGGGUCAAGAGGUAAAGAAACAGGGAGAAGUAGGCUAUUGGAAGACUUCCGUAAUAAUCGCUAUCCCAACAUCCAGCUGCGUGACUUGGCAAAUCACAUUGUGGAAUUCUCGCAGGACCAACAUGGUUCAAGGUUUAUCCAGCAGAAAUUAGAACGUGCUUCUCCAAAUGAAAAGCAGAUGGUUUUUCAUGAAAUCCUCCCAGCUGCUUACAGCUUGAUGACUGAUGUGUUUGGAAACUACGUUAUACAGAAGUUCUUUGAGUUUGGGAGUCCUGAACAGAAGCAUCACCUUGCCAACUGCAUUCGUGGACAUGUGUUGCCUCUUGCCUUACAAAUGUAUGGAUGUCGGGUCAUACAGAAAGCUUUGGAGUGUAUUUCUCCAGAUGUUCAGAAUGAUCUGGUCCGAGAAUUGGAUGGACAUGUGCUGAAGUGUGUUAAGGAUCAAAAUGGGAACCAUGUGGUGCAGAAGUGUAUUGAGUGUGUUGACCCAUCUUCACUUCAGUUCAUCAUUGGAGCUUUUCAGGCACAGGUGUAUGCUUUGUCAACUCACCCUUAUGGAUGCCGUGUGAUCCAACGCAUCCUUGAGCACUGCAUGCCAGAGCAGACAUCACCAAUACUAAAUGAAUUGCAUCAACAUACAGAAAGACUGGUUCAAGAUCAAUAUGGUAACUAUGUGAUCCAACAUGUCUUGGAGCAUGGCACACCUGAGGACAAGAGCAAGAUUGUACAGGAACUCAGAGGAAACAUACUCAAUUUUAGCCAGCACAAAUUUGCCAGCAAUGUGGUUGAGAAGUGCGUUACUCAUGCCUCGCGUACAGAAAGAGCAAUGCUCAUUGAUGAAGUUUGCGGCAGCAGUGAUAAUGCCUUGUACACCAUGAUGAAGGACCAGUUUGCAAACUAUGUAAUUCAGAAGAUGAUUGAUGUGGCAGAACCGCCUCAACGCAAGCUGCUGAUGCACAGGAUUCGGCCCCAUGUGGCAACGUUGCGCAAGUACACUUAUGGAAAACACAUUUUAGCCAAGUUAGAGAAGUACUACAUGACAAUGAAACCAGCACCAGAUUUCCUCCCUUUGACAAAUGGUCCUUUGCUUUAGAAAUGUACUUUGUUCAAGUCAUCUAUUUUCUUGUUUGCGGUUGUUGUUGUUGUUUUUUUUUUGUUUUACUUUCUUGCUUAAUUUUUUGGAGAUGUUUUUAGAAUUGGCAUCACAAAUAUAGAUCUAUUAAUAUUGAUCCAGAACUUGUUAAGAUGUUUUUCAUUCUUAUGAAGCUGUAAAUUUCCUUGUCAAACUGUAAAAAAAUCCUUUCUUAAAGCUAUUAAUCUUAUAUUUUACUCAAUUUGAAAUCUUUUGUCUCUCCAAAUCAGUUCUCAUUAUUGACAUUCUCAGUUCAGUUAUUGAAUUUUACGCAUUGAACAGCGUCAUCUGUGUGCCAGUUGUACCAAAGAAUGCAGUUGAUUUUUACCUGUAUAGGUAAAACGUAGUUGUCGUGUCUUUUUGAUCAACAGAGCAAAUUGAUGGUUGAAUUUUAUGAUUUCAAUGAACUUUUAGUCUUCUUAAAUGCAGUGGCUUUUGUUGAUUAUAGUUACAUGUUAAAUGAAUACAAGUUUCUUCAGUAACAGUUAUUAAUAAUGCUAGGUCCAAUAAUUGUAGUAUUUCCUUCCUAAUGGAAGGUAGAUUCUUUUUGGUAGAUUCUUUUUGGUAGAUAGGUAGCACAUGCAUGUUAUGUUACUAAUCAAAGCUUAUUAAUUAGGAAAAUUACAGGCAAUCAAAGCCAGAGUCAGUAAUCCUGUUAUUUUCGGAGGGUUUUUAAGAGCGUCAAGGUUCUAUCUCUGCAGUCUAUUGACAUGUUACUAUGAAUCAAAGCCUUCAAAGAUAAUUGUGCCAGGUAAAUGUACAAUUAAACCAUUUUGCGUCUGUUUUUACAUUUAGAAACUGAAAAUCUUUUACCUGUUAUAGUGUUUCCCAGUCUAGUUAGCAAAGGAAGUACAUGUCUUUCGAGGAUUGUUGUUCUAAAGUUGUUGGCAAAUGAUUAGAUUGAAAUUUAUGUAAUUUAUUUAUUUGACAGAAAACCCGAGCCCACGAAUGUAAUGUUAACAGGAAAUUGCUUGUACUCUAGGCUAAUGACUGUUUGUUGGCAUAGGUUUCAUUAUCCUGACUGAAAUUUUCGUGAGGCCUAUUCUUAUAUUGUCUCCUUAGUUGUUUAGCAUGUUAAGUAAGUAUGAGUCGAAUAGAAUGUUAAGUUAAGUUCAGUAGUAUGAUUCAGUACGUAUGCCUUGUGUGUCAAACCAACUGGCUUGGGAGAUCAACAGCACAGCUGCAAGUGUUGUGAUUUUCUGAGGAGGCACAGUUUGGCAUGCGAGGGAAAGUCCUACAUAAGUAAUCAUGUUAAAAGUUUCAACUAGAAGGGUGUUCCUUCAUACUUAAGAACUUUUUGACAGGUGUGCAUGUUUCACUUACUGAAGCAAAAAUGCUGUGACCAUAUUUGGAUGGGGAAGGUGUGGCCAUCAUAGAGCGUUUCCACUCGCUAGGGUUGGCACGUGGUGAGAAGCUGUGUAGAUAUAUUGGAAGAGAGGGAAAUGUUUAAAUAAAGAGAGUUCAGAUCACAGAAGAUUGACCCACUGUACCAAUAAAAUCCACGUGAAGUCGACUGGAAGCGAUCUAUAGGUGCUCUUCCCAUGCUUUUAGAAAAUAAUUUUUUCGAAUUCUUACCACAAUUAUAUUGUCAAAGGUGAAUAGGCGAGGUAGUUAGCCACGUGUUGUAACAUUCAAGUUUCUAUGUUUUGUAAGUAUGUGGAUUUAAUUAAGGUGGUAAAAAUGACCCAAACUUCUAUAUAUUUGAUUCAAAGAAUUGUAACAAAAUGUAAACUGUAACAUUGCAAUGUUUUUAAGGCCCUUGUAAGGAAAUUCCUGUACAUUCUGUACAUUUGUAAAUGGCCACUGGCGAGAGCUGCAUUGAAUUGUAACCAGCACACUGUAUAGAUAACGUAAACAUACUUUUGGUGGCUAUCGCAAGUGCAAGUGUUCGAGUGUUUUCAUAAACGUUUUGGGGUCCAUAGUUUGGAUGUUCUUAGGUUGAUUAUCAGAGACUUGUACUUGGGAUGUAUGUCGCCGGACAGAGCAGUUUUGCUUCGGUAAAUAUUUCGUACCACUGUUUAUAUGUAUUCAGAGAAAUCAAACACUAUCAAAACAACAAAGACAAAUAUAUUGUAAGGAUAAUUUAUCAUUUUGAUCAAGAGCGCUUGAAACUUUUUGCCGUUUUAGGUUUUAGGGUAAUUUUUAACAGACUCGGUCUUUUUUUUUUUCGGAGUCUCGCGGUGUAAUGAAGCAGAAAGGGUAAGUGUUUUUGUAUGUUUCUGUGUAAUACUGAACAAGUACCGCCUUGUACAAUGUGUGCGGUUGUGUAGAAGUAUGUAAAUGAUGUAAAGAAAGUAGUCUUUUGAAUUCCUGUAUUAAAAUUUAAAGGUGGUUGCACAAAUAAAUGAUAUUGUUUAUCAGU